AUGCUUGUUCCAGACUCCUGGCCCCAGACUCCUCAUCCUGUCCUGCUGCUGACCUUGCUGUUGGGACUCACAGGAGCUGCUGCACAGGAGGAGCUGCAGGUGAUUCAGCCUGACAAGUCAGUGUCUGUCGAUGCUGGAGAGACGGCCACUCUGCGCUGCACUGUGACCUCCCUGCUCCCUGUGGGGACCAUCCAGUGGUUCAGGGGGGAAGGAUCAGGCCGGGAAUUGAUCUUCCGUAAGAAAGGAGGCCACUUCUCCCGCGUCACACUACUUUCAGAUGGCACACAGAGGGACAACAUGGACUUCUCCAUUCUCAUCAGUAAUGUCACCCCAGCAGACGCCGGCACCUACUACUGCGUGAAGUUCCAGAAAGCCGGUGGCUCUGAAGACACGGAGUUUAAGCCUGGACCAGGCACCGAUUUAUUUGUGCGUGAAAGUACGUGUUCUAUUCCUGCUGUUCUCCUCAUCGCUCUGCUCCUCAGCACCAAGGUGUUGCUGGUGGUUGGAGUCUUUGCUGUCUACAUCUGCAAGAAGCAGAAGGCCUAA